AUGUCUUCACCAGAGAAGCCGCCGGCUGAGAAGACCACAACUCCUCCUCCAACAAACUCAAAGAAGCCGUUCUCUUCACCAAACGAAAUGGUCACUUUUAUCGUUGGCACAGGCGACAAACAAGAGACGUUUCAGAUCCACAAACAAAUCGCAUGCGAACAUUCGGAAGUCUGGAAUCGUGCUUUCAAUAGCGUAUUUGUCGAGGGACAAACGCAGAUUUAUCGUAUUGAAGACACUGGCCCUGAGGUGUUUCGAUUAUUGACGCAAUGGGUUUACCAAGAGAAGUUCGACCAUAUUCAUUCAGACUGGGAUGUCAGCCACAGCGACGAUUUCUUUUCAGCGGUCGAGUGUGUCGACGAAGAUAAUGUGCUGCUACAGCUUUGGGUCUUGGCCGAAAAAUUCCUACUUCACCGACUUCAGAAUUAUACUAUGCGCGUUCUUUGUAACAAAGCCUUAGUUUGCAAUCGGUCUCUGACUUCUUACGAUUGUAGAUACGUCUAUGAUAAUACUGCUAAGGGCAGUGCUCUUCGUCGCUUUGUGAUUGAGCAUAAUUGCUGGUGCAAAAACCCUAGCUUCCUUGACGGAUAUUUGUUUUCUUACCCAGUGGAGGCGUUGGGUGACAUAAUAAAGGCCUUAAAAAGACAAUUACCUGAAAAUGUUAGGGCAAGGAAGCUUUCUCAGAUGAUUGGGGACAACUAUCUGGUUGAGGAGAAUCCAACUACCGAAUCCUGAAUUGUAUCCGAAUCGGCAAUUUUGCGAAGCAUGGCUGCGAAGGGUUUCUCUCUGGUCGAUUGACUAGACUCGGACGACGAACUUCCAGUAUUGUGCUCCGUUAAUAGCGCACACAGGUUACUUCGACGCGAGAGACUGUUGAAGGAUGUUUUCAGCUGUGAGUUCGUUGUGUACACAGGCUCAUGUGGAUUGAUAUGGGUUGCCAUUGGAGGUAGGAGGAGAUAUAAUAGGUAUUCUGUUCCUCACGCAUUGCGGCAACACACAUGUAUGUUGGCCUAAUAAAG